UGUGGGCCUGCCUUCCUAUAUUUCCGUGUACCUCGCUGGGUCAUGUGCAGACGAUACCCUUACCUCUUAGCACACUUGUCCGCCACCUUGACUGUUACUCUACAUCCUGCCAUCCCGGUCAACUCAUCACUCCGUCAUCACUCUUUGUUCAGCGUCUUUUUAGUCGUUUUCAUCGUUUGUGGCUAUAAAUGGGUGCAUAACAUUUAUUAUAUAACACCUGUAACUGUUCCUGCUCCUUCUUACUUUCGGUGCGGUCACAAUCUCUCACCACAACAGUAUUCUGAGGCUAGGCCAUUAGAAAUCAAGGAUUGGGAAACCACAGAUGUAGUCAUUUGUGGCUGUGGCCCACCCGGUGCCAUGCUAUCGGCUUAUUUGGGUCAGAUGUCCAUCCCGAAUGUGGUGCUAUAGCGAGAAGCUGAUAUCACUACCGAUCCCCGUGGAAUCGCCCUGGACGAGGAUGGCAUUCGCUUUCUCCAGGGGAUCGGUAUAUAUGAUUCAAUUUUUACCGAAAUCGGCAGUUGUAUGGGUCGGUUCAACUUCAUCGGCGGAACAGAGCCAGUCUUCAAGAAAAACCCAAUUCCCGCUCUGG